AUGAAUAAACUCAAUCAACCAAUUUUUCAACCCAAGUGCAAGGAACAUUAUAACAUUGCACAUUCAACCAAAAGAAUGUAUGAUAACUUAAUCUACAGUUUUUUAUAUUUUAGUUUACAAACUUACCUUUUCUUCGCUAUACAACCAUUUUUUCGACGUGAAAAGUCAAUGUUGAGUGAUGGUUGGUUUCCGUGCGAUUGGAAGAUUUCCCCAAAUUAUGAAAUAAUUUUUACAUUCCAAAACUUCGUCAUUUUCUCUAACACUUUCACAUGUAUAACUUUGGAUAUAUUGUCUGCAGGUUUGUUGAUUCAAAUUGGUUUGCAAUGCGACUAUUUGGUCGUAACAUUGAAUUGCUUGGAGAAAUUCUCUGUUGAGAAUGGAAUUUUACGACAGAGAGAUGAAUCGAGUGUCGAUUUGAAUGACAAGGAUUUUCAAACAUUCUCACGUGUAAUGACUUCCAAUUUGAUAGUAUGUAUCGAGCAUUACAAACAGAUAAAAACAUUAUCGAAGGAAAUAGAAAAAUUUCACGAAACAAGUAUUUUUGUUCUAUUUUUUGAAGGAGAAGUUUUGAUUUGUUGCUCGUUAUAUCAGAUGAGUGUGGUUCCAAUCAUGACCAUCGAAUUUUUUAUGGUGAUCUCUUUCGUUGCAGCUGCACUCAUGGAACAAUUCGUAUAUUGCUGGUUUGGAAACGAUAUCAUUCACAAGAGCUCCAAAAUAUCUGAUGCUAUUUAUAACACGCCUUGGAUUGAAUGCGACUUGCAAUACAAAAAAACUUUACUCAAUUUUAUGAUUCAGACAAAGUUCCCCAUAGAGAUUUGGGUCGGAAGAUUAUUUUCGAUGUCGAUUCCUGUUUUCAAAUGGAUUGUUCAGUCUUCAUAUUCUGGUUUUGCUUUACUGA